AUGAGCGAAGAUACAACAUUUAAUCCAAUUAGUGUUACUGCUUAUGCAGUUGGUGAGAAGAAGGACUCUCAAAAAUUGGUUUCCUUUGAUAAGGUUGAAAAGCAAGUUAAGAGCAUUGGUCCAAAUCAUGUAUUUGUUGAAUUGAUUUGUAGUAGUAUUUGUCAUACGGACUGGUUUACUUUUGGAUCGAAAGGUGCUGUUCCUGGACACGAAAUGGUUGGUAUUGUUAAGCAUAUUGGAGAAAAUGUCGCCCAUGAAGGUAAAAUCAAAGUUGGCAUGCGUGUUGGUAUGGGAUAUCAAUUUACUUCAUGUCGUCAUUGUGAAACUUGCACUAAUAAUUUGGAAAAUUUGUGUGAUAGCUCCAAACCAUUUUACACAGCUCCAAUUGGUGGAGGAUACCAAACAGGAGUUGUUUGGGAUGCUCACUUUGUCUUCCCAAUUCCAGAUAACUUGAAAUCCAUCCAUGCUGCUCCAUUGCUCUGUGCUGGUGCCACUGUCUUUACUGCAUUGCACAGAUAUACAAAGAAUCCUCAAUAUAAGGUUCCAGGUAAACCACUCAGUUGUGCAGUGUUGGGAUUGGGAGGUCUUGGACAUUUGGCCAUUCAAUACGCUAAAAAGAUGGGUUUGCAUGUUACUGCAUUGAGUACUACUGCUAGUAAGGAGGAAGAAUGCAGAUCGUUUGGAGCUGAUGAAUUUUAUGUUCACACCACUGAAGAAGCAAAGACAACUUUAGCAUCAAAGUUUGAUAUUAUUUUGAAUACUGUUAGUGGAGAUAUUGAACUUGAUAAGUUUAUUGUCAUGUUGAGACCUUAUGGUCAAUUGUGCAUGUUGGGUCUUCCAUCAAAUCCAAGAUAUGACUUGUCAGCAUUUUCUCUCAUUCUGAAGGCUCGUUCCUUGGUCUCUUCUGUCAUUGGUUCUCCAGAAGAAUUGAAUUUAAUGUUGAAGUUCAGUGCUGAUCACGAUAUUAAACCACAAGUUGAGUUGACCACUUUGGAUAAAGUUGGUGAAGCAAUUGAAAAGGUUAAUUCCAAUAAGGUUAGAUAUAGAAUGGUUAUGAUUGUCAAUCAAGAACAAGUUGAUAAGGAAAAUCAAUAA